AAAGACUUAUGCGGACUACAUGUGGCGUAAUAGUGGCUAUUCCUCACGCAGCGUGAUUGAUGUUCUUCUGCUCAUGUCAUUGAUAAAGAUCGAUGAGGACAAUAGAUUUUGGAUGCAUGAUGAAGUUCGAGAUCUAGGAAGGUACAUCGUCAAAAAAGACAAUGUUGAAGAUGCUGGAAAGCGCAUUUGGGUGUUGAUUGAUGAGAAUACUUUAGACAUACCGAGAAGCAAUGAGGAAAAACAAGUUGUACGAGCACUCAGUAUAGGUAUUAGUCAUGACUUAACACCUGCAGAAUUAUCCCGUCUGCCACAGCUAAGGUUCCUUGGAGGGCGGAGAAUGAAUUUCGUAGGCAACUUCAAUAAUCUUCUUCGUAAUCUGAGAUGGCUGUCUUGGCAUCAUUGCCCAUUCGAUCUUUCAGCCGUGAAUCUUCACCUGGUGAAUUUGGUCGUGCUUGACCUUUCGAGAAGCAACAUCACCCACAAUUGGGGUGGAUGGAGGCAAAUCAAGAAGGCGAAAAAGUUGAAAGUUCUAGAUUUAACGGGAUGCGAGAGGUUAACCAAGACACCCAGUUUUUCCAAGUUUGGCAAGUUGGAGAAAUUGAUUCUCGCUUGGUGUGUGAGAUUGGCUACGAUUGACGGGUCAAUCAAUAAGCUAAGACAGCUAAGGACUUUAGAUAUCAAGGGGUGCCAUUCCCUUCAAGGGUUGCCUAAGGAAAUCGGUUCUCUAGAAUGCUUAUCGGAGAUUAUCGUGCCCCAGACUACCAGGUCAUCCUUAUCCAAACUGUUCAAGCUUCCUGAGACAUUGGGCAGUCUAAAAUCUUUGAUGAGGUUUCAAACUUUGAGUAACUAUAGUAUCCACCAACUUCCUUACUCUAUUGGAAAGUUAACGAAUCUUACGUGUUUGUGGUUGACUGAUUGCUAUAAUCUAACAGAGCUUCCAGACUCUAUUGGGGAAUUAGAAUCAUUGGUUGAGUUAAAUAUAAGUAAUUCAAACAUCAAUGUUCUCCCUGAUUCCAUUGGAAAUCUAAAGAGACUAAAAGUCUUAAAUGUGGCAUCCACAGAGAUACACACGAUACCUUGUGUGCUCGGAAGGGUGGAGACACUCGAAGAGCUCAAUGCCUCGUAUUGUUGGUGCCUCAAGGAUGAAAUCCCAUGGGAAAUGUGGAGCCUAAACCGUCUGAGGAUCCUGGACUUGAAUGGGAGCCCAAUCUCUACUGUGCCGAGAAAGAUCGGUGAUUUCUUCAGUCUCCAGACACUUAAAAUUUCAGGUCGCCGGCUUCUCCCGUUGCCAAAGCUUCCUCGAGCUUGAAAUGUCUAGUGGUUGAAGAUGCUGAUAUCCCUGUUCUUCCUCCUGACCUCUCGAGCCUAGUUCAUUUAGAUCAUCUCGAAUUGAGCAAAGAAUUUAUACGUACUGACUAUGGGAGUGUACAACAAGGGUACUAUGGGAGUGUAAAACAAGGGUUUUUCUCUGGAGAGAACAAGAUAAUCUCGCUUUGGAAGGACGCGCAGUCCAUCCAUCGACUUCCACGUGGCUUAUCAACCUUGAAACUUAGCUGCAUCCCGCAAUUGCCUGAUUUUUUUGGCUUCAAAAGCUUGUCAGUUCUCCAAAUCAGUAACUAUCAGAUGCCACACUUGCCCAUACUUAAAUACUUGGAGAGCUUAAGGGAAUUGAGGAUAUCUUGGUGCGAAUUCAUCGACAGCACACCCGAUCUAUCAUGCUUGAAGAGGCUACAAACAUUAUAUCUACAUCGUUUAACCAAACUGGCAGAGAUUCCAGGUUUGGGGGAAGUGGAAUCUCUGAAGUCUCUAAAAAUUAGUUUUUGUUAUGCAAUUAAAAAAUUGCCUAACCUGUCGAAGUUGAAAAAUCUGAAGCAUCGCUCUAUUCGGUUUUGUCCAAAGUUAAGAGCCGUCGAAGGCUUGAAAGAGUAGAAUUUUUUGAAGAAGGCAGAAAUUUUUUUUGCACAUCUAUGGAAAGUGUGUCUGAAUUGUCAGCAUUCACCAGGUUAGAAAAAUAUUGAAUGCCGCCAAAAGCUGGGGAAAACAUCAUUCAGUCACCGUGCCUGCACUCCUCCCAGAUUGUCCUUCGAUCCAAAGGGCGCCUCGGUAGCCUUGUCGAAAUUCUUGGGCGUGUUUUGAUUAAUCAAAGCAUAACAGAAGUUCUCUUUUCUGCUUGUGUUUGCUAACUUGUAGAGCUGGCUUGGAUAAAGGACAAAGAAGGUGUUGGCGGUGAGUAUUCAUAGUUUCCAUGCCCUGCAUGUGGAUUAGACCCAAUUCUGCGGCCUGGCACGUGGAACAAAGCCAAAUUUGCAACUCGCAUUCACCACCGACAUGAAAUGAUCCAAUGGCCUCAUGUAAUGUCACUUCUUGAGCCAUAUAUUAGAUUUCUUCUUGACUACGUUAAGAUGAUGUUUUCUUUUUGAAAUGGAAUUCUUGUGAUGCAUUGCAUUAUAUAAGAAUUUUAAAAUUCAGUCA